AAAAUUAUAGUGUUCGAGAAAAGUGAUGAAAUGUCAACUACUAGUCAAGUAUAAGGCACGUUUUGGAAUAUCAAGGCUAAGUGGUCACUAAUCACAAGCUGUUCUACAUCAAGCAAGUUGAAUAGUGAUUUGUAUCUACGAAUGAGUCCUGCCCCGAACAAAGAUAUUUCUGUAACAACUGUUCUGAUUUCAACAGCAGCUGAUGCAAACAGAAAGCGAAAAUUGUUUAGGACCUACAGAGAAAGAAAAAUAUCAUGAAUUGCUGGUAUCUGGACCACCAGAUUAUUCUGAUAUUUAAAUUUAAUUUAUUUUACUUGAGUGGUAUAUAUUUAAGGCAAUUAAAAGCCUUUACUAAGCAUGAGACUCUGCCACAAAGUAAAAUUUUCUUUGGGUUGCUGAAAAUGUUGGAGGGAAAAGCGGUAGUGCGAGAGACUGACAUGCCAGAGUUGAUGCAGAGCCAUGUGAUGGAACUAGCUUACCAAGCUCUUGAUUUACAUGAGGUCUCUGAUUGCCAAUCUAUUGCUCGUUACAUCAAACAGAAGUUUGAUGAAGCUCAUGGACCUGCAUGGCAUUGUGUGGUUGGCAAAGACUUUGGUUCUUGCAUCACCCAUUUAUGUGGAAGUUUCAUUUUCUUCCGGGUGGAGAUGUUAGAGUUUCUGAUCUUUAAAGAUGGCAAGGACUUCACUGAAAGCAAGGAAGCUAUUGGGAUGGUGCAGAAGCCCAAGAAAUGUGACUAAUAUAUAUAAAUUCACAUUGAAAAUAAGCCUCUCUUACUAUGCCUAAAAGGAAAACCUCUUCAGUACUGCUUCUGCUUCAACAAGUUCAAAAAAUUGUCAGUGGCUAGCAUAUAUAGGAUUAACAUAUAUGUUCAGCAUGUUCAAUCUUGGAAGAAUAAUAAUUGUUCUAGAUUAGAUUAAUUACUUAAAAAUCUCUCUCUCAUUUUCUUGUC